AUGGAUAGAAAAAGUGCGCGGGGGAACAAUAGUCGUCCAGAUAGGAACAAGAAGAAACGAUUUUCAUCAAAUCGAUUUACCGUUGAAAAAGAUUGUAGUUAUACAAGUGCUUCCGCAGCAAAGUUAAAAAAGUUUGACGAUGAGGAAAUAGUUAUCAACAAAAAUUUUGGGUACUGUCUUCUGGAAUUUUUCUCAGUUUUUCAAACUCUCUCAACUUUAAUUGUAUGUGCUACCUGCAAAGAAGAAAUUAAAUUUUCUCAAACGUCACCACGCGGUUUAGGAUUUAAAAUUGCAUUACAGUGCAGUUGUAAAAAUGUUUAA